UAACCAUUAUAAUUAGUUUCCUAAUAUUUUUCGAAAACAAUGUAAGUUUCCUAGUAGGAUUUAGAAUCAAGACUCCCUUAUAAAUACUACUUGAAUCUUGAAAACUUUUUCAUCUUGUUAUCAAAUAACCAAAAUUUAGCAUCAAAAUCGCCAGAUUCGAAUAAUUUCCGACAAUAAGGGCCCUAUAUAUAGCGGUUGAAUAUUCACAUGCACUCCUACAAUUUCCGAUCUGAAAUUCGCAAACCCUAGAGAGAAAACCCCCAAUUCGACUAUUUCUUCGUCUUCAACUUGCAAAAGGUUGAGAUUUUGGGUGCAGAAAUGGCAGGUGGAGCUGCGCCUGAACGAGGAACUGCUGCAGCUGCUGCGGCUAAUCUUCGUAGGAGAAGAACAGGUGGAGGUGGAGGUGGAGCUGCUGGUGGAACUAGUGGAACCAUGCUCCAAUUCUAUACCGAUGAUGCCCCAGGGCUUAAAAUUUCUCCCAACGUCGUUCUUGUGAUGAGCAUCGGUUUCAUAGCUUUUGUUGCUAUACUUCACGUCGUGGGCAAGCUCUACUUUGUCCGCAGAGAUUAGACUAUGUUGUUCGUUUACUAUGUUGUUCGUUUACAUACUGAAUUCUGGAUAUGGAAGAUAAUACUUUUUUUUUCUUGUUAUUUUAUAUUGGUGAACUUUUAGAACAAUCAAACAGAAAGCAUGUCUUAUUAUUGUCAAAUUCCUUUGUUGGUUGAUCGUGAUAUUAAGAUAGCAGAUGAGAUUUGAUUGUCUUGCUUA